AUGGGGCAGCUGGGGUACCAGGGCACCACGAGUGGACCUCAUGAUGGUAGCUUCGUCAACGGCAUGGUCGAUGGCGGCGAUCAAGAAUAUGAUGACAGUGAUGACGAUGCUGAUGUCGGUGUCACAGAAAGAUAUGAUGUCGGCGACGCAGGGCUACACAGAGUACCAACCAGCGAAUUUGAUUUUACAGAUCUCACCAAACCUGUGGAAUGUAGGCGAAUGUCGAUUAGCGUGCGAGACCAGUUCCAGAUACUGAAAGAGCGACGUGGACUUAUCGCCAGGGCCCUGCAUUCAAGAACUGCACAAAAUCAGAGUCAGCUGGCGACGUUUCCGAUACACGGAGGGCGCGCCGUCAACGCCAGGGAGACGGCGCCCGGCCAGUUCCCGUACCACACGCUGGUGCUCGCCGACAACAGAGUCCUCUGCGGCGGAGCUCUGCUUUCGGUGUCCGUCGUGCUGACCGCCGCCCAGUGUGUGUUUCGGUACAAAACGUGGCUGGUACAACUGGGAAGCGUGGAGCUGCUAGUCCAGAACCCCCACAGGCAGCUCAUCGAGGGCAAGAGGGUGAAAACUCAUCCUCUUUAUUCUGACAAGCGCACCAAUGACGAUAUAGCUGUCGUAUUUCUGAAAACUUCCGCAGUUCUCAACUCCUACGUCAAGACCGUGAGGCUACCAACUGAUAUGAUGAGAGAAGAUCUUGUGGGUAGAAUGGGCAUCGUCGCCGGAUGGGGGAGGACACAUGUUCUGUCACGCUGUUCCCAAGUGCUGCUGUAUAUGCCACUGGUCGUGGACUCCAACGCUAACUGCAAAGCCUACUUUCCCAACUACAACGCUAGAACCUCUUUCUGCGCUGGGGGAGUCUAUGGAGCAAGCAUAUGCAACGGCGACAACGGCAGUCCUUUUACGUUUGGGACCACCACGGGCUAUGUGGUGAUUGGCGUGGCCAGCUUUGUGUUCUCAGAACACUGCCUGACCGACUUCCCAACUGGCUUCACGCGCGUCACCAACUACCUCACAUGGAUCUCUAAAACCUCCGGGAUCAAGCUGACCUGA